AUUUAUUUUCUUCAUGAAAAUUGAAGGUAAUGUUCCAUGAAGUUGGUUGUAUUUGAGAAACGAUAAUUUAAAAACACGGAAAAUAUUUUUUGAAUUAAUUUCAGAAAAUUCAAUGGUUAAAUUUAUUUCGUUUUUGUAAACUAAUUGUUAUCAAGAUGGCGUGCGAGAAUAAGUUUUUGAGAUUUCAAAGAAGAGUUGAACGUUUAGCUGAAAAAUACACAGAGAACCCCAUUCACAAGUACUAUGCGCCGAGGUUGUCUGACUUGCCAUGUCCUCCACCUACAUGGUCGAAAUAUUUCCGAUUGAAGGAGGCUUUUCGUCAUGCUCACGCUAAGUCUGAAGAAUUGAGGGUUUUUGCAGUUGAACCAAAAUCUGACAAUGCAUCAUCAGGAAAAAGAGAAUUCAUUGUGUCAAGUUACGAAGAAUUCUGGUUCUAUUAUUCAAGAAUGAAAAACAGCGACAAACAUUUUUAUGAAGUAAUUGAAGAAAAUGCUGCAUGCCAUCUGUACUUUGAUUUGGAAUUUCAUAAAAAUUUUAAUCAAUCUAUAAAUGGUGGAGAUUUAGUUGACGAAGUCAUCAAUUCUGUUUGCCAACAGUUAUUUGAAGAUUUCAAAAUAAAGUGUGAUAGAAAACUUGUUCUUGAACUUGAUUCAUCAAAUGAUGUUAAAUUUAGUCGUCAUCUUAUUUUUCACAUUCCGAAUGCAGUUUUCAGAAACAACUAUGAAGUUGGGGGUUUUGUCCAAAAAAUAUGCAAUAACAGUGGAAAUAAAUUUACAGUACUAACAUCAAACGAUGAAGCUGUGUCAUUUAUUGAUCAAAGCGUAUAUACAAGAAAUAGAAAUUUCCGUUUGUUUCAGUCUAUAAAAAAAGGUAAAUCUACUGCCCUAAAGAAAUCGGAAACUUGUAAUUUUGAUUUGUCUUUUAAAAACAUAAGAGCUGCUUGUUGUAGGCAUCAUGCUCAAGAAAAGGAAAAUAUUCCUCCAGUGAAACGAUACAAAUCGACAGAAAAGGACAUCAAUGAACUUGUGUUCUAUGCUUCCCUAGUGUCGAACGUAAAAUUCCAUUCAAAUAUUAAAAUUCUAUCAGUAGACAUGCCUCCAAGAAUAAAAAAAGAAAAUGAAUUAAACAAGAUACUUUCUAGCGAUAAUGUUCCUUAUACUGAUAGCUUUGAAUCUCCAUUUCCUUCGUUGAAAGAUUUCAUAAAUUCUAUUGUAAAUUCAAAUGAUACAAAAGGCUGUGUUAACAAGUGGACCUUCUUUCCUUGUAGUAAUACUAUAAUAUACAAUAUUUCUGGAAAUCGAUUUUGUAAUAAUAUUAAUCGGCAACACAAAAGCAAUCAUAUUUAUUAUGUUGCUGAUCUAAAUUCUAAAGUUUGUUACCAGAAAUGCCUUGAUCCUGUUUGUAGAUCACAAGGAUACCAAUCUCCUCCGAUACCUUUUCCUAAAGAAGUUUCAAACAGUAUUGUUGAUAUUGGUCUUGAUGUAACUGAUGAAGAAUUGCUAGAUUAUGUUAACUUACUUGAAAAAGAUACUAAUGAUAAUAAUAAGAGUGAAAAUUAUUGUAAAAUUUCAGAAAGUGAAAAUGAGGAUGAUUGGGGAAAUGUUACCGAUGAUGAUUUAUUGAACGCAAUAGAGAACAAAACAUAGUCACGUGUUUGUGAAACAUAGUCUGCUCGAGUCACGUUCUUUCUCGUACUAUACUAAUGUUAAUAACUUUUUUAGAAGGCUAUCUAAUUUUAAAAAUCUGUUUCACAUAUUUACUAUAUGCAAUGCCUCCUAUAUGCGUAUUCCUAACUUGCCUCAACUUUUCCCUGGUUAAAAGGAAGUGCUUUAUAAUUCUGAAAUUGGCUAAAACCAAUUCUUUUAAUGUUCAAGUGUUUUGGGUGCAUUAAAAAAGUGUUUGUUUGUUCUAUUUCUUCUUUUAAACCUUUUUAG